UUGACAACACACACGUAAUACAUACACAGUGGAAGAAAUAAAAAGCACCAGAGAAGAGAGUCUUUAUUUAUUAGAAAGAAACAACCAAAACACAAAACGAAGCUUCAAUUCAAACAAAACAACACAAUACAAAGACUACCCAAACAGAGAUAACUUCAUUCAUCUCAUUCUCAUCCAUGGCAGAAGUAGAGCUGGACACUACUCAAGACUCACUAAUGAUGCCCACAGUUCUAACGUUUCUCUCAUCUCUACUGGAGCGAGUUGCCGAGUUAAACGACUUGAAUCGGCCAUUCCACUCCCAAAAGAUCUCGAUCUUCCAUGGCCUUACCCGACCCACCAUUUCCAUCCACACCUACCUUCAGAGGAUCUUCAAGUACGCCAAUUGUAGCCCUUCUUGCUUCGUCGUUGCUUAUGUUUAUCUUGAUCGUUUUACUCAGUGUCAGCCAUUGUUGCCCAUUAACUCCUUUAAUGUUCAUCGCUUGCUCAUCACCAGUGUCAUGGUCUCCGCCAAGUUCAUGGACGAUUUGUAUUACAAUAAUGCCUACUUUGCUAAAGUUGGAGGAAUAAGCACAGCAGAGAUGAACCUACUUGAGGUGGACUUCUUGUUUGGUUUAAGAUUUCAGUUAAACGUGACACCUACAACUUUCCAAACCUACUGUUCUUACCUACAAAAAGAAAUGUUACUUAUUCAGUCUCCUCUAGACACUCCUAAUAAUCCUAUUAUUAAGACCCAUUGUUGCUUCAAUGAAGAUGAAUCCACCCACCAAAAAGAGCUAGCGGUUUAGCCAUUUUUGGGUUAUGAUCAAAAUAGAAUUUGCAGUAAUGCUUAAAUACCAAUAUUUUCUUUGGGAGGAUCAAAGUUACACAACCCCAUUUGAGUUUGGGCAAGUGAAAAAGGGAAAAAAAAACCUAGUAAGAAGUCAAAACUUUCUCAUUUGACUUGCCUUUUAAGCCAUACAUGGUCUGGUGUAAAAGCAGCUCGACAUGUCUUGACUAUGUUUUCUUUUUUUGCUUGUCCACUAUCUUCCCAAACUCUACGUCUGAAUAUGCUUUCAGUUUUGAUCUUUUUUUUUCCCUUUAAGUAAUGAAUUUUGGUCAAUGAAUAUGUAUAUGUAUCUGUAUUUAAUGUAGAGUGGAGACUUUCUUUGUCUUUA